AUGGCAGAUAUCAUUCCAAUCCAAGAGCGACCGAUCAAGAACACAAUUGUCUUAUUCGAUGUCGACGAGACACUAACCCCUGCUCGACGUCUUGUCAGCCCAGAGGUAUUCAAGCUCCUCGCCGACCUCCGCUCAAAAGUCGUCGUCGGAUACGUCGGCGGCAGCGAUUUCAGCAAGCAGCAGGAGCAGCUCGGCGUUGACGGCGUAAACGUCACGACCCUCUUCGACUACUGCUUUCCUGAAAACGGACUAACCGCCUUCCGUCUCGGCGAAAAGCUCCCCUCGACCUCCUUCAUUCAUUACGUCGGUGAAGAAAAAUACAAGAAGCUCUCUAGAUUCAUUCUCCACUACAUCGCCGACCUUGACAUCCCCAUCAAACGUGGUACAUUCAUCGAAUUCCGUAACGGAAUGAUCAAUGUCUCACCGAUCGGCCGUAACGCUUCCCAUCAAGAACGUCUAGAUUUCUGGGAGUACGACAAGACCGCCAAAGUUCGUGAGAAGUUUGUCGAGAUUUUGAGAAAGGAGUUUUCGGAUUUUGGAUUGACAUUCAGUAUCGGUGGACAAAUCAGUUUCGAUGUUUUCCCGACUGGGUGGGAUAAGAGGUAUUGUUUGAACCAUGUUGAGAAGGAGCUUGAUGCCAAUGGGAAGCCAUACUUCACAAAGGUUCAUUUUUUUGGAGAUAAGACUAUGGAAGGAGGCAAUGACUUUGAGAUUUACACGGAUCCGAGGGUUGAUGGGCAUAGUGUUAAGAAUCCCGAAGAUACUCUGGAACAGGUCAAGAAGCUUUUUGACUUGUAG